AUGGAUGCAGGUGCAACCACACCGCACUCGCCAGCAGGCGACCGCACCAGCCGCUUGCUGGAACAGAUGCGAACCUGCGUGCUGGUGCAUCACCAGCUGAGCUGCCUGCUGGUCCAUGCAAGUGCGCUGGAUGCAGGCAGGCAGCUUUACCAGCUUCUACAAACAUGA